UUGACCCAAGAAAGAGUGCCGGGCAAGCAACUGAGUGGGCUGGACCCAACCCAAUUGAUCUGUCCAAUUAAAUCUUGGUAGGUUAAUGGACCCGAAGAAGGCUUGAAUUCGAACGUUUUCCAAGGUGCAUGGAAUGGCCUAUAAGAAACUUCGGGCCUGGCCUGGCCCAUGCAAGAGUGCCUGCUCUGUUCCAAUACAAAGGAGUGUAGGAAUGUUUAGACUUUCACGUACCCAAAAAAGUGAAGGUAUGCUUCAAAUGAUUAGAUUUAAAAGUCUCAAAAUCUAUUACGCGGAUAUUGAAUUCAGAUACAAAAGCAUAAAAGAUUUCCAUCAUAAAACUGUUCAUGUCGAGAAAAUAUAUACCAAUCAUUUAAAAGUAUGCGCCGAAUCAAAGGCAAUUGCAGUAGGACAAGCUCUCCAUUCCUGCAUUAUAAAACUCUUAGCAGAGCCGCAGACUACUCUCGUCAACAGUUUGGCUAACAUGUACUUCAAAUGUGGGUGUAUCUCACUCGCUGAACAGGUGUUUGAUGAAAUGCCCCGGCGAGAUGUUGUGUCAUGGAACACCAUGAUAAAUGGCUAUCUUUCAGCUCGGUAUGCUUGGGAUGCCUUCAUAUGCUUUAAAAUGAUGUUAGGUUUUGGUUUUGUGCCUGACCAGUUUAGUCUAAAUGGUGUGCUCAAAGUUUGUGUUAUGAAUGGUGAUCUUGGUGGAGGGGUACAAGUUCAUGGACUCAUUGUCAAGCUUGGUGUAUGUGACAAUGCCUUCGUUACUAAUGGGCUUGUUGAACUAUAUGAAGAAUUUGAUUGCUAUGACGAGUCAGUGAAUGCAUUUGAUGCACUGGUCUGUAAGGACGUUGCAGUGGUUAACUCCAUAAUAAAGAUAUAUGGGAAAAUGGGUAAAAUAGAGGAAGCUUUCAUGAAUUUGCGGUUGCUACUGUCUGGUUUGAGUAGACCCACGAGAGCUACUUUUGUUAACCUGUUGAGUGCAAUAAGUGGAUAUGAGAGUCUGAAAGAAGGAUUGCUGGUUCAUGGGUUGAUAACUAAGCUUGGGUUGGAAGGUCAUGGUGUCGUGGAGAACUCACUUGUUGGGAUGUAUUGUAGUUGUGGUGCCAUGGAUGAAGCUUUUGAUAUGCUUCUUUAUAAGGGUAGCAAGAAUGUAAUGUCAUGGACCACUUUAAUAUCCCAGUUCAGCAUGCAUGGAUGCUUUCAAGAAGCCAUGGACGUUUUUCAGUGGCUGUACCACGAUAAAGUUAUAGCAUUAGAUGAAGUCAUGCUAGUAUGCGUUCUUAGUGCAUCGGCUGCAUCUAAAUGCGUAUGCUUGGGUACUCAGAUGCAUGCCAUAAUUGUCAAAAUUGGAAUUCAGCUACAUAAAGGUGUUGGGGUUGCUUUAAUGGACAUGUAUUCAAAGUGUUUGUGCUUAGAAGAUAUGCAAAAGAUCUUUCAACAGGUUGGUCAGAAUUGUGAUUUAUUAGUCUGGACAACGUUUAUUUCAGGUAGUGUUCAGAAUGGGUUACCCAUGGAAGCUUUAAAGUAUUUUUCCCAAAUGCUAAAUGAAGGCAUAAGACCAGAUGCAGUUGCCUGCAUCAGUGUUCUUACAGGAUGCAUUGGCCUGCAGGCUACUGAACAUGGAGAAAUGAUACAUGCUUAUGUUAUCAAGUCUGGAAAUGGAUCUAAAAGUUAUGUUCAGACCGCUUUGACAUCCUUCUAUGCCAACUGUGGGUGCUUUGACAGUGCCGAAAAGCUUCUUGAUAGGAGAGCGGAAUAUGAUGUUGUUUCAUUAACUACACUGUUAUCAGGGUAUGCAAAAUUUGGAUGCAGUACAGAAGCUUUCUUUUGGUUUAGAAAAAUGCUAAGCGAAGGCAUUUCACCUAACAACUUCACUCUUGCAAGUACACUAAAUGCUUCUGCCAAAUCAACAGCUAUUUCAAUUGGAAGGUCACUACACAGCCUAAUUAUAAAAUUAAGACUGGAAGAUGAUAACUUUGUUGCUAGCAGUCUAAUUGACAUGUACUCUAAGUGUGGGGCCAUAGAAGAUGCUGUUUAUUAUUUCAGCAGCACGCAAAAUCAAGAUAUUGUGGUAUGGAAUAGUCUGCUUUCAGGUCAUGCCCAUCAUGGGAAUGUUGAAGAAGUUUUGAAGACCUUUGAUGAGAUGCAAAUUUGUGGGAUAAAGCCUGACAGGAUCACAUUCCUUUCAAUCCUUUCAGGCUGUAGCCACGGAGCUCUUACAGACCGGGUGAUGGAAUUUUUCUACAUGAUGCGUAAUGUUUAUGGAAUCAGUCCCAUGGUGGAACAUUAUGUCUGUGUUAUAGAUUCUCUUGGGCGUGCUGGAUUGUUUAGGAAGGCAGUCAAGUUUAUAGAGGCAUUGAAUUGUAAUCCCUGCAUGCUAAUGUUAAGGUCAUUGCUCAGUUCCUGCAUCAUUUACAGAUGCAGUCGACUUGGCUUGGCUGUUGUAGCAAAAAUGAUAGUGCUGGGUGGAGAUGAAGUUGCAACUUAUGCAUUGUUUUCAAAGUUAUGUGCUACUGAUGAGAGAUGGGGCGAUACAAUAAAGGUGAGGGAGAUAAUGAAGAAGAAAGUAGGGCAACCAAAGAAGGUUGGCACCAGUUGGAUUGAGAGCACAAGUGUGCCAUCUUAAUUCUAUGGCUGCACUCCUGAAAUGAAAAAUGAUAUCUUCAAAAGGAGGCUUUGAGACAUGAUUUAUUUCCCUGGCAUCUGAGAUUAUAUGAUAUGUAGCAUCUGCAUAAAAGGAGAUGGAUUAAUGUGGUAGCCUGCUUAUUGCCUACUAUUUGGCCCGUAAGAUUUUAUUUCCAGUAAUUUGCUGGAUAAUAUUGAUAAAGGUGAUCUAUGAAUGUCUGACCGUCUUGUUCUGCUAAAGCAUAGGGGUUACGGUCUUUCUUAUGAGAUUAUAGAGAACCAUGUUAUGAGGGCUGUCACUGGCUCAACAAUAUGAUCGCUAGAGUUCCCUUGCUGAUUGAAAUAUCCUGAUUUUGACCCUCCCACUGGUCAAUCUUGAGCCGGAGCUCUUUGCAGCAAGACUUGGUUGGCAUGCAACAAGCGGUCACAUGGAUAGGUGGGUGUCCUAGCAUGGCAAAAUUUCGAAAGUUGGAUAAAGAAAGAAUGGUGAUGUGGGUUUUUUGGGCACGAUCUUGGACAAGGCUUGAAUGCUGCAGCAUUAAUUCUGGGAAGAAUCUUCUUAUUCCCCGUGGACAAAUCCAUCACCAUUUUUUAUACAGAUAUUAUACAGCCUGUGAUGGCCCAUACUUUCAUUAACUAAGCAAUCUAUAAACCGUAUAUUUUUCUGCAUGCAUAGUAUGAGGAAGAAAAAAAGAAUAGAAAAAUGGUUAAAUGGUCGAUUAGAAUUGGAUGAACUGUCAUAUUUUGUCAUAUCUGGAAUUACGUCCGUUAAUCAACUUGGAGUACUAGCACCAGAUAUAUCAAUCAAUUAAUUAGUUAGGUCGAGCAUCCGUGAAUUCAGGUUGCUUGCAUUAUUGAGACGUGGGCUUAAUACGGACAACUUUCAACGUAAGCAUGAUACAAAAACCUUGACUACUAUCAUGUGAAUGGUACCGUUAAAGGCCAAACAUUGACCACUUUUUGUGCAUAAUUGAAUUUGAAUAGGCUCAGGAAAAAAAGGGGCAAUGCAGUAGGUUGGAAUUUAGUUCCUUUUCUUAAGAUGGUGAACGACCAUCCUAUAUUUUAUAUCUAUCAAUAAGAUGGUGACCAUGACAUGCAUCCUCGGUUGACAGUUGUGAUGAAGUCUGGUGGUUGGAACUUUCUACGUGCAUGGAAAAUCCUUCGCACGUUAGCAAUGGGAAAGAAACAAGUGGCCGUGAUUGGGAUUUCAUGAGCCUUCACAGUCACACAUAUCCAAUUUAUUACUCAAAUCGCAUGGCGAAAGGAGCACCAAGAAACAACGAGGAUAUUUGCUAGAGCUGUGGCUAUCGAUAUAUUCUUAGGAUUUUUCUUUUGAAAAGAUAAUGUCCAUUAUAUAUAAGAAAAGCUGAUUUCCAAUCGACCAUUACUUAACUCUCUUUAUUUUAUUUUCUUUUCUUUUCCUUUUCAUCGCAACGCACAUAGAAUUCCCUUGUGCAAGUGAUCACCUUUCUUAAAGAAAUCAUGGGAAGUCGAACGAAGACAAAGUAAUAACUUGAGUCUUUCUUCAAGAAAUCGUGUAUUGUCAUAUGAAGACAAAAGAUCAAGAGUUUUAGCUGACCUGUUAGUGCUUGAUUUCAAUGAGGUAAAGAUUUCUUGGUCAAGGUUAUAAAAAUAUCUACUUAAAGUGUGCUUGGCGUCUCAAUCGACAUUAAAAACAUCAUUAUGUGAAUAUGAAGUGUCCAAAAAGAAAAAGAAAAAAAAAAUCCACGAAAUAAUGUCAUUUAUUUUUCUUAGACAUCCAUUUUUACUAUGUAAACACUGUUGGGAAUGUCUUCGAUACGCCAUUCUCAAUUCGACUGUCUGAUAUAGCUAUUUUAAUUUAAUUCACUCACUGAUUAGGGAAAAGAAAGUUACCUUAAUGUCUCUUAAAUGCUACCAGUCAAUAAAUUUUGCAUGUCGAUACUAGUUGCCUU